CCUGGAUUGCCUCUCGGAGCUGGGGGCAGAGCACACCCCUGCACAGGCCUGUGACCUUCGCCUGUCUGAUCCCUGGUUAAUUUUUGCCUGGUGCAGCAGCUGUGAGGCUCCGCCCCCCUCCAGGAUAUAAGCCUGGUUCCCGGCUACUUCGUCCUCUGCUGCGCCGAGCUGCCCCAGCUCCCUGCCCACCCGCACCAUGGCCAAGGGCUUCUACAUCUCCAAGUCCCUGGGCAUCCUGGGCGUGCUCCUGGGCGUGGCAGCCAUCUGCACCAUCGUCGCUCUGUCUGUGGUGUAUGCCCAGGAGAAGAACCGGAACGCCGAGAACUCUGCCACGGUCCCGCCGCCUGCCACCUCCACCUCCCCAGCCACCACCGUGGACCAAACCAAGCCAUGGAACCAGUACCGCCUACCCAAGUCGCUGGUCCCUGACUCGUAUCAGGUGAAGCUGAGGCCCUAUUUCACCCCCAAUGAGCACGGCCAGUACAUCUUCCAGGGCAACAGCACCGUCCGCUUCACCUGCCAGGAGGCCACCGACCUCAUCAUCAUCCACAGCAAAAAGCUCAACUACACAACCCAGCAGGGGCACCACGUGGUCCUUCGGGGCUUGGGCGGCUCCCAGGCCCCUGCCAUUGAUAGGACCGAGCUGGUAGAGCGCACCGAGUACCUGGUGGUGCACCUGCGGGGCUCCCUGUCGGUCGGCAGCCAGUACGAGAUGGACAGUGAGUUCCAGGGGGAGCUGGCCGGCGACCUGGCGGGCUUCUACCGCAGCGAGUACACGGAGAACAAUGUGCUGAAAGUGGUGGCCACAACGCAGAUGCAGCCUACGGAUGCCCGGAAGUCCUUCCCCUGUUUUGAUGAGCCAGCCAUGAAGGCCACGUUCAACAUCACACUCAUCUACCCGAAAAACCUCAAUGCCCUGUCUAACAUGCUUCCCAAAGGCUCCAGUAUCCCACUUUCGGAAGACCCCAACUGGAUCAUCACUGAGUUCAACACCACACCCAAGAUGUCCACCUACCUGCUGGCCUACAUCAUCAGCGAGUUCGACAACGUGGAAUCACUGUCGCCUGGUAAUGUCAAGAUCCGGAUCUGGGCCCGGCCCAGUGCCAUUGCUGAGGGCCACGGUGCUUAUGCCCUCAAUGUAACGGGCCCCAUUCUAAAUUUCUUUGCCGAACAUUAUGACACGCCCUACCCACUGGAGAAAUCUGACCAGAUCGGUCUGCCUGACUUCAAUGCUGGCGCCAUGGAGAACUGGGGGCUGGUGACCUACCGGGAGAACUCACUGCUUUUCGACCCAGAAUCUUCCUCCAUUGGCAACAAGGAGCGGGUGGUCACUGUGGUCGCUCAUGAGCUGGCCCACCAGUGGUUUGGGAACCUGGUCACAGUGGAGUGGUGGAAUGACCUGUGGCUGAAUGAGGGCUUUGCCUCCUACGUGGAGUACCUGGGUGCCGACUAUGCGGAGCCCACCUGGAAUCUGAAAGACCUCAUCGUGCUGAAUGAAGUGUACCGCGUGAUGGCCGUGGACGCGCUGGCCUCCUCCCACCCACUGUCCAGCCCUGCCGGGGAGAUCAACACACCAGCCCAGAUCAGCGAGGUCUUCGACACCAUCUCCUACAGCAAGGGUGCCUCAGUCCUCAGGAUGCUCUCCAGCUUCCUGACGGAGGACCUCUUCAAGAAGGGCCUGGCGUCCUACCUCCAUGCCUUUGAGUACCAGAACACCGUCUACCUGGACCUGUGGGAUCACCUGCAGAAGGCCGUGAACAACCAGUCAGCAGUCAGCCUUCCGGCCAGCGUGCGUACCAUCAUGGACCGCUGGAUCCUGCAGAUGGGCUAUCCAGUCAUCACCGUGAACACCAACACUGGGGACAUCUCCCAGGAGCACUUCCUCCUUGACCCCAAAGCCAAUGUCACCCGCCCCUCAGAGUUCAACUACCUGUGGAUCGUGCCCAUCUCGUCCAUCAGAAGUGGCGCACAGCAGGAGAACUACUGGCUGAACAGCAGCCAGAAAGCCCAGGACCAGCGGUUCAGGGCAACAGGAGCAAAUGAGUGGAUUCUGCUGAACCUCAACGUGACCGGCUACUACGAGGUGAACUAUGAUGAGGACAACUGGAAGAAGAUCCAGGAUCAGCUGCAGGCGGACCCUUUGGUCAUCCCUGUCAUCAACCGGGCGCAGGUCAUCUACGAUGCCUUCAACCUGGCCAGUGCCCAUAGGGUCCCUGUCACACUGGCUCUGGACAACACCCUAUUCCUGAUUCAAGAGACGGAGUACAUGCCCUGGCAGGCAGCACUGAGCAGCCUCAACUACUUCCAGCUCAUGUUUGACCGCUCCGAGGUCUAUGGCCCCAUGAAGAGCUACCUGAAGAAGCAGGUCGAGCCGCUCUUUGAUCACUUCAAAAUCCUUACCAAGAACUGGACGGAGCGGCCCCUGACGCUGAUGGAGCAGUACAACGAGGUUAACGCCAUCAGCACCGCCUGCUCAAGUGGGCUCAAGGCGUGUAAGACACUGGUCACAGAGCUUUUCCACCAGUGGAUGGAUAACCCCCAGCAGAACCUGAUCCACCCCAACCUGCGCUCCACUGUCUACUGCAACGCCAUUGCCGAGGGCAGCGAGGUUGAGUGGGACUUUGCCUGGGAACAGUUUCGCAACGCCACCCUGGUCAACGAGGCUGACAAGCUUCGGUCGGGCCUGGCCUGCAGCAACCAGGUGUGGAUCCUGAACAGGUACCUGGGCUACACCCUGAACUCCACGCUCAUCCGGAGGCAGGAUGCCACCUCCACCAUCAUCAGCAUCACCAGCAACGUGGUGGGGCAGUCGCUGGUCUGGGACUUCGUGCGCAGCAACUGGAAGAGGCUGUUUGAGGACUUUGGUGGUGGCUCUUUCUCUUUCGCCAACCUCAUCCAAGGAGUGACCCGGCGGUUCUCCUCCGAGUUCGAGCUGCAGCAGUUGGAAGAGUUCAAGGAGAACAACAAGGACACAGGCUUUGGCUCGGGCACCCGGGCUCUGGAGCAGGCCCUGGAGAAGACACGCGCCAACAUCAAGUGGGUGAAGGAGAACAAGGAGCCCGUGCUCCAGUGGUUCAAGGCCAACAGCCAAUAGUUCCUGGUCCUCAGGGUCACCUGGCCCUGGAGGGAGGCCCAGGGCUCUUCUCAACAGUCAGUGUCCAACCCUCAAAGACAAAGUCUCCGCGGUCUGUGGGGUCACUAGGCCCUGUUCCUCAUGCCAACGCCACCCCAGGUCCGGCCUGGCACAUGUUGCCCAGGGUCCCAGGGCUGAUCUCAGGGAAGCCUCAGCUCCAGGGUCAGCUGGGCAGAAGCCCUCGAUGGACAAUGAACAGCCUGGGGGGGCUGCCCUGCUGCCCUCUCACCUCCCACAGAGACUCGAACCUGAGCAAUCAACAGGGUAACAGAUCUGUAUAUUUUUUUCUAAGAGAAAAUGUAAAUAAUAAAGGGUUUCUAGAUGA